AUGACGUUUUUACAAGCACUGAAUCACAUUGAUUUGCUGAUAACUGCCCCACGGAAGCAAGCACGUACACAAAAAAUCAUGAAGCUGAUUAUAAGCUUGGUCGGAGAGAUUUACCAGAGAUGCUGGUUAGUAUUCAAAAAAGCUUCAAGCAAAGGGCCAAAGAGGCUGGAGAAAUUCUCAGAUGAACGAGCUGCUUACUUUAGAUGCUAUCACAAGGUCACAGAGCUUAAUAAUGUGAAGAAUAUAUUACGAAUGCCAAAAAGCACAAAGAAGCAUGCUGUUGGGAUUUAUUUUAAUGAUGAUACAUCGAAAACCUUUGCUUGUGAGUCAGAACUUGAGGCAGAUGAGUGGUGCAAGGUGCUGCAGAUGGAGUGUCUUGGAACGCGAAUUAAUGACAUUAGCCUUGGAGAGCCUGACCUGUUGGCAUCUGGAGUAGAGAGGGAGCAGAGUGAGAGAUUCAAUGUGUAUUUGAUGCCAUCCCCUAAUUUAGAUGUGCAUGGGGAAUGUACCUUGCAGAUAACAUUUGAGAAUAUCUGUCUUUGGGACAUCCAGAAUCCCAGAGUAAAACUCAUCUCUUGGCCAUUAAGUGCCCUCCGACGCUACGGGCGGGACCCAUCUUGGUUCACGUUUGAAGCAGGGAGGAUGUGUGACACAGGAGAAGGACUAUUCAUCUUUCAGACCAGAGAUGGGGAAGCAAUCUAUCAGAAGGUUCACUCGGCUGCUUUGGCCAUAGCAGAACAACACGAGCGCUUGUUGCAGAGUGUGAAAAAUUCAAUGCUGCUUGAGGUAAAACUUCCCUCAGGGGAAGCAGGGCUAGCCCAGGACCAGGGGAGCACCAAGCUUCAGAUGAAGAUGAGCGAGCGAGCCGUGUCCCUCAGCACCAUGGUGCCCUUGCCCCGCAGUGCCUACUGGCAGCACAUCACGCGACAGCACAGCACUGGUCAGCUCUAUGGUCUGCAAGAUGUUUCUAGCCCGAUGAAGCUUCAUCGCACAGACACUUUUCCAGCCUACAGGUCAGACCACCGAUAA